UCGAAUGUGCUACUUUUGGUUUUAUACACCCCUCUCCCCCCUCUUAUAAAUACACAACCCUUCACCAUUCUCCUCUUCAUCUCAUCUCACUUCAAUUCAAUCCUCUUCUUGAAUUCUGCUUCUUUCACUACAUACUCUCCAAAAUAUUAAACACAGUAAAAACCAGAAGAAUGAACAUAUCAGGCUCUGAUGAAUACAGCAGUGGCUGCGAAUCCGGGUGGACAAUGUAUUUGGACCAACACACCAACAACUCUGCAGAUCAAUACAACAGUAAUGCCACCGGGGCCGGAGUUUAUGGCGGGAAGGUGGCGUUUUCCGGUGAAGAUGAGGACUUGUCUAUGGUCUCUGAUGCAUCCUCAGGGCCGCCGCAUUUCCACGACGUUGAAGAAUGCUAUGUUCAGUCUGAUUAUGUGUGCUAUUCUUCAGCUUUUGAGCUCAGAAAGGGAAAGCAGAAGAAAAAGAAAAGUGAGGAGCAAAGAGGGGGUAAAAAUCAGAGUUAUUAUCUUGAUGAUACUGCUAGCUCCCCUACCACCAACUUCCCCGUGGAAAAUGCAAGUUUAUAUAAUGACAGGCCUUCAAAGGAACAUGUUCCUGGCAUCUCUGAGACACAUUUUAAGGGCAAAUCUGUUCUUGGGAAGCAUUUUGGUUUCUUGAAAUCUUCUGGCAAAGCUGCUUCUAAGAAAUGUGAUGGUGUGAAGGGAAGAAACUGGCAAUGAAAAGUGGUAUUUCAGUCAGUAUAUUUUCAUUCUCUGUUGCUGCAGUGGAAAAGAGAAGGAGAUGAUUGGUGGGUUGGGGCAGGGAGAAGAGGAGGG